UUACCGAAGUGGUUCUCGAGUGUAUCAUAUUUCGCCACUUUCAUCGCCUAUUCAAACAGCGUAUUCAACCCAAUAAUAUACGGCGGCUUUAAUAAAAAUUUUCGUCAAGCCUUGUGCUCGAUAUUCCGGUGCGAGAAUAAACUCAAUCUCAUUAUACAUCGUAAACCGGAUAAUACUCUGAACGCCAGUAACAAAUCGCCGAAGAAGUCGUCGGUGUUUACGGCCACGACGUGGUCACCCAAUACUAACCGCCGCAACAAAAAUAUACUCAACAACACGUUUAAGACGGAUGUGAUUGAACUCAAUAACAUGGAUAGUGUUGUCAAUUGUUAG